UGGUUGUUUGAAAACAUUUGCACACUUCUGAUUGGUUGUUAGAAAUCCAUCUGAUUUUGUUCCUUCCUUGUUUUUCAUAUUGUGUCAUUCAGAUCAUGAGACUGCUGGUUGCUCCAGACCACAGAGUACAAACCAAAAUCCUCAUCCACUUCUUAAAGAGGCAUGAGGUCCUUUCAUCAUGAGCUGCUGCUUUUCUUAAACCUGAUCAGCCUCAUACCAGGGCUGCAGUCGGCAACCUCCUCUUUCUCCCAGGUGCCUUUCCUCACCGUGUGGAACGCCCCUACUGCCAGCUGUCUCUCUCAAUAUGGCGUGGACCUCGACUUGGGCACGUUCAGCAUCGUCCAGAACCAGAACCAGACCUUCAUGGGUGAGAACAUAACCAUCUUUUACUCUGAAAAGCUUGGCUUAUAUCCCAGGUACUCCGCCCAAGCGGAGGCUAUCAAUGGUGGGGUGCCGCAGAACGCCAGUCUCGAUGAACACCUCAAAGUGGCCUCUGAAGAUAUCCGCACAUACAUCCCUGAUAAGGAUUUCCAGGGCCUGGCUGUGGUGGACUGGGAGAGCUGGAGACCUGUGUGGGAGAGAAACUGGGAGAGUAAGAAGGUGUACUGGGAGGGGUCGAGAGCACUGGUGAAGUCCAAGCAUCCAGACUGGAGCCCUGCGCAGGUGGACGCUGCAGCACGGGUGGAUUUUGAGGUUGCUGGGAGGAAGUUCAUGGAGAAAACACUCAAACUGGGGCAACAGAUGAGACCAAAUGGGCUCUGGGGUUAUUAUGGUUUUCCCAACUGCUACAACUACUACAACAGCAAAAGCACAAACUACACAGGGGAGUGUCCGCCCGUAGAGCUGAAGAGGAACGACGAGCUGCAGUGGUUGUGGAACGUCUCCUCUGCUCUUUAUCCGGACAUCUACCUCAGCCUGGAGCUGCGAGACCUCCACAAAGAGGUGCUCCUCUACUCCCAUCACCGCAUCCUGGAGGCCAUGAGAGCAGGAGGUCAGCUGACUCCAUCAACACUGCCCGUGUUCCCCUACGCUCGCAUCGUCUACACGUACACAUUGGAUUUCCUCUCCCAGGAGCACCUGGUCUACACCGUCGGAGAGACUGCUGCUUUAGGAUCUGCAGGAGUGGUGCUGUGGGGCGACCAUGCCUUCUCCAAAUCUCAGGCCACCUGUGAUGCGGUCAAAUCCUUCAUCGACGAGACUCUGGGUCCUUACCUGGUGAACGUAACGGCGGCGGCCACUCUCUGCAGCCAGACCAUGUGUUCCUCUCAGGGAAGAUGCCAGAGGAAGAACCUCAACUCCAGGGCCUACCUCCACCUGGACCCGGCCGUGUGGAAGGUGGUGUCUGAGAAUAAACCAAAGGGAGGGAACAACUACAUAGUUUUAGGACGGAUAAGAACACACGAGGUAACGUUCAUGAAGUCUGAGUUUCAGUGCAAGUGUUAUCCAGGGUGGGGCGGGGAGAGCUGCUCCAAACCAGCUCAGGGAUAAAAGACUUUUCUUGAUGGAGGUGAUCCAAAGCCAGUAAAAUCUGUAAAAAGGGUGAAAAUGAACCACUCCAGAGGCAAACCAGGGCUCCUGUGAAAUAACCUUUUUUAUUUUUUCUUGAUUUAUAAGGGAGAUAAUGUGAAAUAAAUCCCCAUUUAACAAUUAAGUCGACAAUUUUUUAUAUUCCAGCGAUGUUUAUAAAUAAUAAUGUGUUGUUUAAUGACAUUAAAUGUGUCAAACCAUCAUGUUUUACCA